UCUUGAAUUAAGUCCAUUAUUCCUGCCUGCUUUCCCUCUGAGCACUUCCACUCCGCUCAGCUCCUGCGAAAAAACUCUGCAUGUGUGUGUGAACUCCUGGCGUGUGUGUGUUAAGAAGACUUUUAUGUGUGUGCACAGGGCUGUGUGUUUUUCUAAGUGGAGCUGGAGUGGUGUAGCUGUUCAUCAGUGGAGCUGACUGCAGACAGGGGAAUACUCAGAUCUCACAGCGCUGCUUUUUAAGUCACGCACCGGCUGCUUUUUUGGACUUCUUUGAAGACUUACUGGACUUUUAUUUGGACCAAAGCGGGACUCUACUGUUGCUCUCUUUCUGCCCUUCAGGCACCAUUCACAAUUCUGGAAUUAGUCAAGAUUUUUUCACAGAUUUGUAAAGAUCUGUAUCUGCCUCAUACUUGAUAUUGUUUUACCUUCAAAUUCGUGGACUAACUAAUUUUAAGAUACAGCAUCAAAAGUUUCCACCUGAUGAUCCCGAUGAACUUUUCUGUCCUCUCAUUUGAUUUAGACAUGCACAACUCUAAGAAGAGGGUCUUCUGCAGGCACAAAAGUAUGCCCAUUGAGUGUGUUUAGGUGUGUGUGUGUGUCUAGCACUCUCUAUACUCAGGGUAUAUAAUCAGAAGGGUUUGACUCAUAUGGACUUGUUUGUUUUCCUUUUAUUGACAUGGAGGGACUAUGAGAGUUAAAAAAGGAAAAGUCAGUGCACUAGCUAUGGAAACAGUCAGUGCUGUCAGAGGUAUGUUUGGCUCAGGUGAACGCUGAUCCAGACCCGGAAUGUUCUGAACUCUGUCGGAAUUUGGUCCCCAUGGAAACGGAUGGACAGGUCCCUAUGCCCAUGUGUGAGCUUUGUGUCCCAUCUCGGAUGUAAGAGGUAAACUGAAACAGAGCUCUUCAGCACCAAGAAGGACGACACAGAGAUUACAACGAAAAUUAAGAACCAGAAAGGAGAUUCUAACGCGUCCAAAGGCUAACAACAAGAGGGAAGAUCUGUGUUGGGUUUGCAAAGCUGAGCUGAGCCCAAACCAGUCCAAGCUGAAUAUUUGGCAUAACUGCUACGUGGAAUCUAAGUUAGCCUGAGAAAGCGGAAAUUUUCUACAUCAGCUUUUGAAAGGAAAGUGUUGCCAAGAUGAUGACCAUGAUGAUGAUGAUGGCGGCCAUGAUGGUCACCUGCAGCUCUCUGUUCCUGCUGGGUCUGGCUGCCGCUCACGCCUCCUCCAGCACAACGUCCCGCACUUCCACAUCACCCUCCGCUCCCUCUUCUUCUUCUUCCUCCUCCUCCUCUUCAUCCUCCUCACCGCGCAUGAAGCUCUCAUACAAAGAGUUGCAGCAGUUCCACGGAGUGCGGCGGUUCGAGCUGGAGCGUUCCUGUUGCUUCAGCGCUCUGCUACUGGAUGAAGAGAGAGGCCGUCUCUUCGUUGGAGCUAAGAACUUCCUGCUGUCGCUGUCACUGGAUAACAUCGCAAAGCAGGAGCACAAGAUCUACUGGCCUGCUCCUGUCGAUUGGAGGGAGGAGUGCAACUGGGCUGGAAAGGAUAUCACUUCGGAUUGUGUGAACUAUGUGAAGAUUGUGCAUCACUUUAACCGCACACACCUGUACGCCUGUGGGACCGGGGCCUUCCACCCUACAUGUGCAUUUGUAGAGGUUGGACACAGGAUGGAGGACCAUGUGUUCAGGAUUGACCCCUCUAAGGUAGAGGACGGGAAAGGAAAGAGUCCGUAUGAUCCUCGCCACAAUGCUGCAUCUGUACUCGUCGGUGAUGAGCUAUACGCAGGUGUUGCCACAGAUCUGAUGGGACGGGACUUCACCAUCUUUAGAAGCCUGGGGAAACGGCCCUCCAUUCGCACAGAACAGCAUGACUCACGCUGGCUCAACGAACCGAAGUUUGUUGGUUCCUUUUGGGUGCCGGAGAGCGAGAACCCAGACGAUGACAAGGUAUUUUUCUUCUUCCGGGAGACGGCGGUUGAGGCCCAGGGUCUGGGAAAGUCUACCUACUCCCGUAUCGGACAACUCUGCAGAAAUGACCUGGGCGGUCAGAGGAGUCUGGUGAACAAGUGGACGACAUUCCUAAAGACCCGUCUGAUCUGCUCGGUACCAGGAGCUGAUGGCAGCGACACAUACUUUGACGAGCUGCGCGAUGUGUUCCUGCUGCAGACCAGGGACAGAAAGAACCCCCUGGUGUACACUGUCUUCUCCACUUCCAGCAGUGUAUUUAAAGGCUCAGCUGUGUGUCUCUACUCCAUGAAUGACAUCCGGAGGGCCUUCCUGGGGCCGUUUGCACACAAAGAGGGGCCCAACUAUCAGUGGGUCCCCUUCCAGGGAAAAGUCCCCUAUCCCCGCCCAGGAAUGUGUCCCAGCAAGACCUUUGGCAGUUUUGAGUCCACAAAGGGUUUCCCGGACGAUGUGAUCCAGUUUGCGCGUCACCACCCUCUGAUGUAUAACCCUGUCUACCCUAUGAGCAGACGGCCUAUCUUUGUUAGAACCAACGUUGACUACAGCUUCACCCAGAUUGCUGUGGACAGAGUCAACGCUGCAGAUGGACAAUAUGAUGUCAUGUUUAUCGGCACAGACAAAGGGACAGUUCUGAAAGUGAUCAAUGUUCCUAAGGAGAGCUGGAACAACAUGGAAGAACUUCUUCUGGAGGAGCUGGAGGUCUUCAAAGAUGCUUCAUCUAUCGUCGACAUGCAAAUCUCAUCAAAACGGCAACAACUAUAUCUGGGCUCAAACACGGGGAUUGCUCAGGUCCCUCUUCACCGCUGCAGUGUGUAUGGAAAGGCCUGUGCUGAGUGCUGCCUGGCCAGGGACCCAUACUGCGCCUGGGAUGGAACGUCCUGUACCCGCUAUCUGCCAAACACCAAGAGACGUUUCCGUCGACAGGAUGUGAGGAAUGGAGACCCCAACACCCUGUGCUCUGGAGACCACCACAAGUAUCGUGCUGCAGAGAAGAAGCUGUAUGGAGUUGAGGGAAGCAGCUCUUUCUUGGAGUGUAUCCCAAAAUCCCUUCAGGCCAGAGUGACCUGGACCUUCCAGAAACAUCCACAGAAUCCAAGGGAAGAGGUGCGUCUAGACGACCGUAUCCUCCAGACAGACAGGGGACUUCUGAUUCGACGCGUCCUGAAGAGAGAUAUCGGCAUCUACCAGUGCCACGCCAUGGAACAUGGCUUCACCCAAACCUUGCUGGGUAUCACCUUGGAAGUUGUACCUUCGACAUCCUCUUCAGCCUCCAAUCUACCCUCAGAUGCCCCUGUCCGGUUAGACCCCCGCAGCGGAGGUGGGCCCCCAAUGACCAAUCAGAAGCUUUGGUACAGGGACUUCAUGCAGUUGGUGGACCAUCCUAACCUCAGCACCGUCGACCAGAUUUGUGAGCAAGUUUGGGCACGCAAGAACGCCGAGGCUGGCCAACUGGAUAAGAGCUUUCCUGCUCAAGGGAAGGAAGUCCCACCUUUGGGCCCUGCUGUCCGCCCAGCUAACAAGAAGUGGAAGCAUCUGCAGGAGAUAAGGAAGGGGAGAAACCGCCGGACCCACGAUGGUAAACCAAACCCUCGGGCGCCUCGUAGCGCAGGGGAGUAACAACAUGGAGAACGAGAUGGAGGGAGAAAAGAUUGACUGAUACAAGAUGAAAAGAGGAGAGUGAAAGAAAGUAAAAGACUUAAGAACUUGUGGAGGUGUUCACACAUACAGAUACACCCACGCACAUAAAAACACGUACAGACACACACAUACACGGCACCUCCUCUAUUGUGUAUAUUUAUCAAUGGAUGCUUCCACUAUAUGGUACCCUAAUCCCUGAGUCCUCGUCCCACUGGCCAGCCCCUGCAUGUGCUGCCUACUGCCCAACUUGAUUCUGCACGAUCCCUUUACACUGUUCCACUAGAGUAGUCGAGUGUACAAACAAUUACUUGAGGUGUGGGAAUGAACUUACACACGCCUGACGUUCCCUAUGCCACUGACUGUAUAUGGACGGUGUGUUCACAGCAAAGAGAUUGCCACAUCUUUUCUUAGGUAUCAUGUGAUUGUCACAUUUUAUGAAGAUAGUGGCUCACAGUAUGAACACCUGACUUCUGGACUACACCACUUGAAACGGCCCCAGAGUUUUUUUUUUGGUUGAACUUUCCUCAUGACCUGAAGAUGUCAUACCAAUGGACACCACUGAUGGAACUGAGUGCUGCACAUGACGGGGAGGAAUGGAGAAACGUGCCGACUGGCAUAUACUGGAAUAUAAUGGUCUCUGACGGGAAACACGGCUUACUACACACGGGCAAUUGCACGAGCAUGCACAGAAACCAUUUUGAAAACCAUUUCUUUUGAACUAACAGGAUGAAUUAUUUAACUUCCUGUAGUGCUCUGCCUGCAAAUAUUUCCAGUCACAUUUCACAUAGUUCAUCUGAGCAUUUAACACAUUUCAGUGAUGGAGGAGGUGGAGAUCCCAGCAGUGUGGGGAAGCCUGUGAAACAAGACCAGCAUGUUGCAGAACUGGUUAUAUUAUAUAGUAGGGUUUCUUAGUGGGUUUCCUUAGGCACAUUGUUGCAGCAAAAGACAAAAAAAAACACAAUACAGUCGUGGUUGUAUCUGAGCAGAUAUGAUUAUAUUUCUUAACUGGUCCAAACCACUAAAGAAUGAGGAGGGGGAUCAGGACUACUGGCAUUCCAUGAUGUGACAGACGGAUGAGAUGUUUACACUUCACAGACCAAGCUGGAGUACAAAGAAGUCAAUCUCUAAAAGCAAAAAGGCCCAAAUAUGACCCGGUUUACAUCUAAACAAGUUUAACAUUUGAUGUAUCACAACAAACACAAACAGCAAACCUAUUAGAGAAGUUUUUUAUAUUCAAAAACAUCACCCUAGAAUUCCCAUUUAUUGGUUUUAUUUUUGGCUAAAUUCGAUGUAUCAUGCAUAAGUGUUAAGGAGAAGGGUUGACAUGGUGGUUUGAAUGGGAAGCAUUUAAACAAUGAAAAAGAAGGGGACAGAUUGGGAGUGUCUGGUAUGACAACACAUGUCGCUGUGCUACAGUACAGCAUGAUAUUUAUGAGGUUUUUUUUAGAUUUCUCUUUUGUAUUCUAAAUGGGACUUGUACUCCUUGAGCUUUUACACUGUCCAUGCAUAUGUUUGUGAUUAGUAAAUAUAUGCAAAUAAUAUGAGAAGAGCGAGUCACUGAUGCCUCAUUCACAAUGGUACGAUGCACAAAAAAGCUGCUUCCCACAAUGCACCUCUCUGUCCAAAUGAAAAAACAAUCAGUAACAAAAGAACCAACACACUUUCAUCUGACUUCACACACUGUUGGAUUCACUUCUUAGCGUAUUGUUGCAGUCAUUGAUAUCAUUGACCUUUUGCUGCUUAACGAUGUCAUCUCUGCCUAACGGACAUUUAGUGCGACUAUGUCUUCCUUCUCUGUCUUUGGUGUGAUCUCUCUCUCUCUCUGUGUAUUAUCUGUAAAAGAAACCUUGUUUGUGGGUCGUCUGUGCUAACAUGAUGUGUGUGAAGCCUGCCCCCUAGUGUCUAUUGUGUGUACAGGCUCAGAUGAAGAGCCCUACCUGUGGUACGAUGCUUCAUUAUAUCAUAGUCUAUUCCACAUGACAGAAAGCAACCAGCAUUGUAAGAUAAAAAAAAAAGUGCGUUCAUGAAAUGUCAAUAUGAUUUUUAUGAUGGUCUUAUUUGUGUCUGCAUCAUAUUUAUCAGGAGUAUCAUGGAUUGAAGUGGACUGAAUUUUCACUCUGCAAGUUUUGGCCCUGAGAAGAAGAGGCGGCACAAACUAGGUCUGAGUGGAUAUUAGAUGUAUGGAAUCAUUGUUGUUGUUAUUUAUAUACCUUUUUCUAGAGAUGUAAUUAACUCUUUAAGUGAACUGAACUGACUGAAUAACACCUGCAAAAGGGACACUCUGCGUUUUGACUCAGCAUCCAGGAUUUCCCGCCAAAAGAUUCAAAUAAAAACGAGUUUAAAUGUAAGUCUAUGUGCUCUGAUCUGAACUGAGGCCACAUAUGUAUUGAGUUAAUCCACUUUAUAUAGAUUUAACUUAAUAGUUAUGUACUUAACUUACAGAUUUUCUUUUUACAUUGGUAGUGAUGUCAAAAUCGCCUGAGUCUCCCUCUUAAACCAGCUGUUGUUUUGUGCUCUUUUGAAAUUGCAUGACCGAUGUUAGUGGCUAACGCGUUUGACAAUGGUGCGGUGGUGAGAAAGAGCGAGAGAAAGAAAGCACAAUGUUGAAUAUUAUUAUUAUUAUUAUUAUUCCUAUGUAUUUAUGUGCAAAGAUAAGCUGAUAUGUUGUUGUGGUGGAUUUUUAUUUUUCUUAUAAAUGUAGAUUUACGUCUGUAUUGUUCAUUGUUCUGCUGAAAAAGACUCAUCCUCAACGUUGUCCGGACAUUACAGCCAAUGGGAAAACUUCUUCUGAACACAGUGUCCAAUUAGAGUUUGUGGUUCACACAGCCCUCCAAUCAACACUCCUGUUGUAUCCCAUGCCAUGUGACGCACCCCUGUAUGAUAGCUCCAAUGAGAGGAUUGUGUGUGUGUGUGUGUAAGUGAGAAUGAUGUGUGUGCUUGUGGUUGUGUGUGAGUUUUGGGGGAAAGCAGAGCUUUGUAUAUAAUGGCAAAGGAGCAGUGGCGUGUGUGUGUGUGUGGAGAGCGGUCAGUGAAAGUUCAAGGUGGAAGGCCAAAGUUAACAUGGUGCACUGUAAUUCUCCCAGAGGUCUUUGUGAAAUGUCAUGUCAGAUUGUUUUUGAUUAACACAAUAAAAAUAUGCAGUUACUUAAAAAUUAAA